AUGAAAUCUGUGCAAAUAUUUUUUGCGAUAUUUGCAAUUGCUGGCGGAAAUUGGUUGUGUCAUGCUGAGGACUCUUUGCGGGAGAGGGUAAAUCACGAAUAUGAAAAACAGCUUGCCGAAGCCUUAGAUACAGAACGAGAUCCUUGCCUGGAAUUCCAUUCGUAUAGCUGUGCCGGUUGGUGGCCAAAACAGCCACAGGAUCAAUUCGAUUAUAUGUCCGUGAGGGACAAAAUCAAAUAUGUGGCCAAUCGAGAAUUUCAGGACUAUUUCAGCAAUGAAAAAUUGCUGAAAAGUAAACCGAGAUUUGUGAGGCAGGCCAAUAAUUUCUAUAAAUCCUGUCAGGCGAAUCCCGAGCUGAAUGUCAUGCACUAUAUCAAAUGGUUGAAAAAAUAUGAGCACAUCAAGUGGGCAUUGUUGGCUCCACAGAAACCGGUCUUCAUUGCUGACUACAAUUAUGAGGAGGAAGGUGGGGAUGGUGGAGAUAAUGCUGAUGAUGAUGAUGAUGAUGACUAUGAUACCGAGGAAUAUGAUUGGCUCCAUGUCCUGGCUGUGGCCAGGAAAUAUGGAAUGAAUGACAUUUUCAUAGAAGAAUCUCUGGCCAGCACAGGCCCCAAUAAGGAGUUUUUGAUAAUGCAUUUGAGUCGCAACACCCAGAAAUAUGGUUUCCAACGUCUUAUGAACGGCAAUGUCUAUCAGAUAAACAAAACCAUUGAAAUACCCCCGGGUAAGAAGGAUAUGAUCGAUUAUUAUAAUGAAGUAAUGGACUUUGAGACCCGCCUGAAAGAUAUUGAAAUCAAGGAGACCAAUCAUACCGAAGAAGUUCUGCAACUCAAAGAUUUACCUUUCGAGUGGUUAAGGCGUUACGUCAAAUUGAUAUUGGACAACGACAAACUAAACGAAGAAAUGUUGGUGACACUAAGUCACAGGUCCUAUUUCGAGGCCGUCGAUAAGCUAAUUAAAGAAUAUCGUCCGGCACGACUAAGUCGCCUGGUGGAAAUGCGUUUCCUGGUCUAUUUAUAUCAACAACAUAACAUACCCUGCAUCGAGCUGACCCGAAGUCUACUUCCCAUGGCCAUGUCCUGGAUAUUUGAAGACUUACAUCCCCUAUCACAGGAUGAACACAAUGAAAUCCAACAGAUAUUUAAUCAAACUUUAAAAUAUCUAAAUCAAACCCUUGUUGAGGUGGAGCCGAAACACACCGUUCCGGCAGAGACUCUUAGGAAACUCGGUGAAAUAAAACUCAAAAUAGGCAACCUACCGCGACAGGAUACCGUGAAAAUCCUGGAAGCCUAUUACAGCAACAUCAACCUAAAUCCCUAUCACUAUUUCAGUAACCAUCUACAGCUACUUAAUCUCUAUACCGAAUUCAAUCAAAAAACCACCCUGGCGUCGGAAUGGAACAAAAAUCCUGAAAUAUUUUUUGAUAUCUCCGAAGGUAUGCCGAAAUUUGAUGAAUUGUAUACCCGCUAUCUACCAUCCAUUAAUGUCCUGCUACUGCCCAGCUAUUAUCUGAUACCACCAAUUUAUCACCCAUACUAUGAAAAUAUUUACAAAUACAGUUCCCUAGGCACCAUACUGGCAUCGGGCAUUCUAUCAUCUCUGGAAAUUCCAGGUAUAAAUGAAAAGGAUCAAAAUAUGCUAGCCCAUGUUGGCAGUCUGAAGGCUGCAUAUCAUGCCCUGUUCUCGCCAGACCAUGGAUCACCCAUUUCAGAGGAUCGUACAAUUAUCGAAACUCAAUUGCAAAAUCUCACACAACAACAAUUGUUCUUUGUCAAUUCACUUUAUCGCGAUUGUAGCUGGAGCUCUGGAUCGUUCUAUGGUAAUCAAUUGCUGGCGUUCUAG